CGAGAACCUGGGUACCCUGUCCCUUGACAUUGUAGCAGAAGCUGGCAGAGUUGGACGCGCACCAAACACCAACACUCUCUCAACCGUCGCACUCACUUCGUUUCCAACUAUACAACUUUCAAUCCUUCAACUCUUUCACAAUGCAGUUCUCCAAGAUCACUCUUAUCGGCCUUGCCUACACCAUUGGCACUCUCGCCGCUUCUUGUCGCAUCUACAGCUGGUUGAACGGCGAAGCCGUUCUCGACAACUGCUGCUGGGGCAAAGGCCAGAAGGCUUGCACCAACCAGAACAAGGGUGGCACUGCUCGUGGCACCAGCGCCCAGUACUGCGCUGAGCAGAGCGCCAGCUUCUGCGAGAACGUCAUGCUUGGAGGCAACCCGUCACAUUUAAUAAUUCAGGACGCUGAUUGCUGCUCCACUACCACUGGCUGGGGCAUUGGUUGCCCCAAGUAAGGGCAUUAGAGUUUGAGGUCGCCAGCAUGCUUUCUUUACCUCUAGAUAGAUCAUUGAAUGGGACAAUUUGGCUUUUA